AUGAGAAUCCUGAAGAAGUUAAAUCAAAGAGAAAGUAUUAAAUUGUUAUUCUCUUUCACAUUGUUUUACCGUUUUUCUCUUUCCCUCUUUCUUUCCAUUUCACUUUCUUACCUUCUUUCAUUCUUUCUUUCUUUCCCUCUUUGUUGCUUUCUUUUCAUCUUUCGUUCUUUUUUUUUUACUUUCUUCCUUCAUUUUUUUCUUUCUUUCUUUCAUUCUCUUUCUCCCUUUUUUCGUUUUCGUUUGUUUGGUUCUUUCUUUCCUUCUUUCUUUUUAUUUUCUACUUUCUUUCUUUUUUCUUUCUUUCUUUUUUCUUUUCUACUUUCUUUCUUUUUUCUUUCUUUCUUUCUUCUUAUUUUUUUCUUUCUUCCUUUAUUUUUCUUUAUCUUUUACGUUUUAGCUUCUGUUCCUAUCUAUCUAUCUAUAUAUGUUAGUCUAUUCCUAUCUAUCUAUCGAUCGAUCUACAUUAGUUUAUUUCUAUCUAUCUAUCUAUCUAUCUAUCUAUCUAUCUAUCUAUCUAUGUUAGUCUAUUCCUAUCUAUCUAUCGAUCGAUCUACAUUAUUUAUUUCUAUCUAUCUAUCUAUCUAUCUAUCUAUCUAUGUUAGUCUAUUCCUAUCUAUCUAUCUAUCUAUCUAUCUAUCUAUCUAUCUAUCUAUCUAUCUAUCUAUGUUAGUCUAUUCCUAUCUAUCUAUCUAUCUAUCUAUCUAUCUAUCUAUCUAUCUAUCUAUGUUAGUCUAUUCCUAUCUAUCUAUCGAUCGAUCUACAUUAUCUAUUCCUAUCUAUUUAUCGACGUUAGUCUAUUCCUAUCUAUCUAUCUAUCUAUCUAUCUAUCUAUCUAUCUAUCUAUCUAACGUAUAUAGAGUCACCUCUGCUUUACAAGUAAAGCAGAGUUUGUUCAUAUCUAUGUGUAUAUCUAAUUCUGUUCAUAUUCAUCUCUGCCUGUUCAUAUCUAUCUAUCUAUCUAUCUAUCUAUCUAUCUAUCUAUCUAUCUAUCUUCGAUUUAUUAAUGUUUUCCCUUUUCUAAUCAACCUGUUUGUAGUCUUUGUAACUUUCAACAUGCAUUUCUUUCUUUCUCCGAAUCUAACGAACUCCUAUCUAUCUAUCUAUCUAUCUAUCUAUCUAUCUAUCUAUCUAUCUAUCUAUCUCAGUUUCUUCGUAUCUAUCUAUCUAUCUCAGUUUGUCCGUAAUCUAUCUAUCUAUCUAUCUAUCUAUCUAUCUAUCUAUCUAUCUAUCUCAUCUGUCUGUCUGUCUGUCUGUCUAUCUAUUUAUCUAUCUAUCUAUCUAUCUAUCUAUCUUUCUAUCUAUCUAUCUAUCUGUCCCCACUUCUUAGACUAA